UCCGUUUCUCGGGAUCCAUUGAGGAUCCUGGCCCGGGCCAAAGCGAAGCUUAAAAAAUCGGGGACUCUGUGUGUUUCCCUUCGCUGUCAGACACCUUGACACGACCGCGGUCGGUUUGCCUUUUAAACGGUGACUGAGACGUCGGAGGAGUGGCAGGCAGGCAGACAGACAAACGGGCACCGGGCUGUCUGGCGGAGGGGGGGCUGAAAUGUGAGCGCCUCUGCAGGCUUGCGUCAAAGCCAGCUAACGCUAAACCGUGAUAGGACAAAGUCAGCGAGAAAGACGGUUAAACGGCCACGUUACCUCGUCAGAGAGCCGGCCAGCGCACGGGCCGGGCUAUUUUUGGCACGCGCGCACACACACACAUGCUCAGUUUAGCUGGCUGCCAGCCACGGCUGUCACUGUCGGCGGGUUUUUAAAGGAGAACCCGGGCUAACGGCGGCGGUGGUCGGUAACCAGCUUAUCCGUUAAUCGCACGCUGACAAGGGGGGGAAAAAAUCAGGGGAAAGGAGAUCCGGUUAAUAGCCUGACGUCGUAUCGCAGCGAAGAAGGGGGGGGCUCACAGCUCACACAUGAGGCCCAGCUGAAAGGAUGGAUCUGAAUUUUUACUCGGAUUUAACGGACGGUACCGGGCAGCACGACGGGGAUCCGGAGUUCCUGGAUCCGCAGUCUUUCAAUGGGUUUGACUCCGACAACAAGUUCCCCGGAGGCAGCGACAACUACCUGACGAUUCCUGGUUCCGGCCACCCCUUCCUCUCCUCUUCAGAGACGUUCCACACUCCCAGCCUUGGCGAUGAGGAAUUCGAGAUCCCUCCCAUCUCUCUGGACCCGGACUCUGCCCUCUCCGUGUCAGAUGUCGUGUCCCAUUUCGGGGAGCUGUCGGAAACUGGACCCUCGGACAGCGUGGUGGUACCCGGGAACGCCGUCGUUGAAGGUGACGACCCCUCGUUCGCGUCCACUUUUGUUAGUGCUGCCUCUCAGGGGCUGGAGCACCUGACUCUUGGAGUCAUGACCCAGCCAGGAGGGAAUACUUUGUUAGGGUCGUCGCUGGGAAUGGAUCUCGGUCAUCCCAUUGGCUCUCAGUUCAGCAGCUCGUCCCCGGUAACCAUCGACGUCCCUCUAGGUGACAUGGGCCAGGGUUUACUGGGGUCCAAUCAGCUCACCACUAUAGACCAAUCAGAGCUCAGCGCUCAACUGGGGCUCGGUUUGGGCGGCGGGAACAUACUUCAGCGGCCGCAGUCGCCCGAAAACCCGCUGUCGGCCACAGCCUCGCCCACCAGCUCGCUCCAGGAUGAUGACAUGGACGACUUCAGAAGGAGCGUCCUAGUCGAAUCUCCGGUCUCUCUGGCCGUCUCCCCUGGAGUCAUCUCCCUCGAUCCCUCCCCGUCUCAAUCCCCGCUGUCUGCGCCGACCUCUAGUGUCUCCUCUGCUACGGGAAGGAAAGGAGCAGGAGGGGGGAAGAAGGGGAAGAAAAAGAAGGAUCCCAACGAGCCUCAGAAACCUGUGUCGGCCUACGCUCUGUUCUUCAGGGACACACAGGCAGCUAUUAAGGGACAAAACCCCAACGCGACUUUCGGAGAGGUCUCCAAGAUCGUGGCGUCCAUGUGGGACAGUCUGGGGGAGGAGCAGAAACAAGUUUACAAGAGGAAAAACGAAGCAGCAAAGAAGGAUUACUUGAAAGCGCUGGCAGAGUACAGAGCCAGUCUGAUUUCUCAGGCACCUAUUGAAGUCAUGGAAACCACACCAUCACCCCCACCUCCAGCCCCGGCUCCUGUGGUCACAGCCACGCCUACGCCCAUCCCCGCCCCCACCCCGCCCACCCGGCCAACCAGGUCGCAGCACUACAACCCAGAGGAGAACACCAUCACCAACAUCUGUACCUCCAACAUCAUCCUGGACCUGCCUCAGGUCACCACCCGGUCCCGCACCGGGGCCAUCAAACCGCAGCCUCCACCCGCGAGCACUGCCCUCAACACUGCCCCCGUCGCCAAAAUCAUCAUCAAGCAGACGCCGCUGCCUUCCGGCGGCAUGUCAGCUACGGUGACGACCGCCUCCUCGCCCCGCCAGCCGCCGCCGCUGCAGCAGAUGCAGAGCACCCCUCCUCCACCCCGGCUGCAGCAGAUGGUGCACGCCCAGGCGCCCCCGCCUCUCCAGGCCAAACCGCGGGGUGGAGGAGGAGGGGCGGCGGCAGCCACCACUGCUCCGCCGCCGCUUAAGGUAGUGCCGUCAGCACGCCAGUCAGAUUCAAGCGCCUCGAUCAUUGUAACGUCAUCGGGGGAAACCUCCACGACAGUGUCUGCCGCCACCUCUGCUCUGGCGGUGGAGGUUGGACACACGGGUGAGGUGACGGGAGGAGAGGAAGUGGUUGAAGGCGAGGAAGGGAUGGAGGUGGAGGUUAAUGUCGCUCCUGGCCCGAGUGUGACUCCCGCCGCCAGCCCGAACAUUUGCGUGCGCGCCGGCUGCACGAACCCCGCCGUGGAGAGCAAAGACUGGGACAAGGAGUACUGUAGCAACGAGUGUGUCGCCACACAUUGCAGAGACGUUUUCAUGGCCUGGUGCGCUAUCCGAGGACAGAACUCCACCACGGUAACAUAGGACCAGGACACACCUGAGGGGAGGAGUGAUGCUCGAAGACAGAAAAGGAUGAGAAUACCACAUGAAAUGCAAACGAACAGAGAAAAGACUGAAUAAUUGACUCAGGUAUUGGCACAUAAUGGUUUGUUUUAUCGUGCUCCGUCAUCUUGUGGACACACAAAAGAAAGAAAGGGGAAAAAAAAAAGAAGUCCCUGUGUUGUACCUCCCUGUGGCACAAGAAGCUUCUCCAGCUGAAUAAAACAAACUCUUGAGUCAUCUGCGAAUACCGCGAUCACGUGGACGGCGAAGAAACCACAGAGGCUCGGCUCUGCUGCUCCAGACAUUUCCUGCUCUUGAUCAUUGAUUGUGAAUUUAAAACACAGACUUGAUAAAAAGUAAUGUUUUA